UUAACAUCUGUGUAUAGCACACCCUGCAAUUUGGAGACAAGUCCAUGUGAAUCCAGUGCGCAAAAGCUCAACAUCCCGUGAUCCUCCGUCCGUCCUGCUAAACAUCCACUCGAGGGCUCCCCCUAGCGAGGACGUCCAUGUGACCGUGCUGGACAUCCACGUCGCUCUGAGGGAUCUAGCUGCCUCUUCAACUUUGCAUCACUAUUGAAGCCUAGGAGAACAUUUACCAGGUCAUAGACAACAAUAGCUCUGCCCAAAACAGCAGAUGAGCUUUUCUCUGAAGGAGAGACUGAAAAGGUCGAGACGUUCUUUUACCUCUCCAGUGUCCGUGGUCAAACGUCUUAAAAUCUCUGAAGAUGAUGACCAACAACCGCAGAUGAAUAUUGACAACAGAAAUGAUACACAACCCACAGAGAAUAGAAGAGCUGAAGUCCCUGGCUGCAUGCCUGAAACAUUUCAACCCAGUUCUACAGAUUUGCUAGAACGACAAAAUCAACUGCAGAAAGAGGUUAAAGAAAGGACAGAGACUCUACGGAGACUGAAGAUGGUGAAAAUGUACAGGGGCAAGAAUGACCUGACACAGUUGAGAAUUCUGAUUGACAAGUGGCGGCGUUGCAGCCAGGCUGCAUUGUAUGACCUCCAGUCAGAUGUCCUUGUAGACGGCAAGAAAACGAGCAUAUCCCAGCUAAUUGACCUCUUUGGCCUAGAGGACGGCAUACUGCACUUUGACCGGACAGAAGAGGACUUCACUAGUGCGUAGACCCACAUCUAUUCUGUUGCUAUCAUCACAAAGACUUUUACAUUAUAUUACAUUUUACUAGAAUGUUUCCCCCCUAAUGCACUAUUCGAAACACAACUCUUUAGAUAAAAAGCAUAACACACUGUUUGAUUUCAUACUGGCAUUGUUUUAUUUAUUAUUGGUUCCAUAUUUCAAGAUACAAAUGUUGUUUACUGUUCAGAUUUAUUAAAGAAUGUAAAAUAAUGUUAA